AUGGUGGUAGUAACCCAAAUAAAAUAACAAGACAUUCAAUAAUUUAGAAAUACUUAGAAAUUAAUUAAACAUAAAAUUAAUUUCCAUCUAAUUAAUUAAUUAAAUUAAUAUUAGCAAAAAGAAUUUAUUUAUAAAAUAUCAACAAUGAGAGCCUAUUAAACAAUCUAAGUUAGCAAUAACUAGAACGAUUUUAAUAAUUAGAUUUAUCCUGCAUAGAAUUAAAUAAUUUAGAUAGAAGAUGAUAUUCAAAAUUAUUUUACAUAAAAUCAGUAAGAUGCAAUUUAAGUAUCGCCAAGUUUUAGAAACGACAAUUCAGAUGUUAAAUAAAUCAUCUAAAAAAAGAAGAAGAAAAAGAAGAAAAAGGAAGUAGCUUACUCAUACAUGAAUAUACCAAACCCCAAGCUCAUUAAAAGUAGUGAACUAUUUUAUAUGCACGGAGACAUUUUAAUUGAUUUUUAGAAAAAGAAUUCAGAUUUUUUUGAAGAUAGAUACUCUUUAUGGAAUUAUUGCAAAAUUUGGCCUAUUUCAAUUGUGUAUAAAAACUCAAAAACUUUGAUGUUAAAAUUAGAAUAACAAAUUCUGCCUUCUUCAAGUGAUAAAACAAUAGGACUUCAAAUAUAAAGAUAUAAGUCUUACCCUGACUAAUCUAUUCACUCUCUAAUGGAAAAUAUAGAGAGAGUUAGUAAUCAAAACUAGUGGAUUGGUGAUUACUUAACUCAGUACUUCACAUAACUAGUAACUUAGCCAAUGAUGUAAAGAUAAUACUUCUACUUAAGAGAUUUAUUCGAUUAAUAUAUGCAAGGUAUUUAUACUUAGCUAACCUAAGAAGGAGCUAUUUAUUUUGCAGUGCAUUCUGGCCCUGAUUUUGCUACAUUUGAUUAUAUAUUUCAUAGAGCUAUAUUCAGCGAGUCAUUAGGUUUUCUUCUAGGUAAAUCUCUUGAAGAAUUAUAAUACAUUUACUCUAAGAAUGGCUAUUAUGAAAUUUUUGAUUUUGAAAGUGAAAUAUUUUUGGGAAAGACAUUUUUAGAUGAAUGGUUAGACACAAUAUAAAGAUUUAGAACAGGAACUCCUCCUAAAAAGUAGAAUAGGAAAAAAUUAGAUAAGUAAUUGAGGCUCAUUACUUUUGACGAUAUAUGCUUUUAUGCUGAUGUCUCUAUUGAAACAUUCAAAAUGAGUGAUUUCUAUGUAGAUCGUAAUAACCCUUUGGACUUUUAUGCAAGGGUGAUGAUUUUAGAUGUUUCCAUUUCAUCAAUAAAAUAAAUUUUGUCACUAAGAGAACAGUAAUCUUAAAGUCCACAAUUAUAUACAUUUCCAGAGCUUAAUCAGUAGUUUCCUCAUGAAAAUAUUUAAUAUACACUGCAAGCAGAGAUAUUCAAAGAAAAGUUUAUUGAUUAAAACUGCUCUGAUGAUGUGGAUAAAAUGACCGAUUCUUCUCUAUAAAACGAUAAAACUUGUAACUACCGCUAGAUUUGA